CCAGAUCUGUAUUUUUAGCAUGAAGACAUAAAAUGUUGGGACUCAUAUUUUUCAAUUUCCUCGCUUUCUCUGAUUCAAUCCCUCAAUCUGGUUACUAUAGGGAUGAUAGGUACAACGAUGGAGGAUAUCGUCGACCAUACUAUCCAAAUUACAGACCCUAUGGACGCGAGAAUGAUGGCUAUAAUCGACCUUAUGAUGGCAAUAAUCGACCUGAUGAUGGCUAUAACCGGCCAAAUGGCUACCGACCAACCAACUAUGAUGGCUAUGGACGGGAAGAUGGAUAUUCUAAGGAGGGGGCAUACAGAACUUUCGGGAUCAGGGUCGAUUCAAUACCAUACAGUGGAAGCGGAAGAGAAAAUUAUGGAUAUGGAAGAGAGCAAGCUGGAGAAAGAUGUCCCUACGAAAAUAUUGAUGCAAGAAGCAGAGUUCGCCGGGAACUCAACAGCGAUCAACAAAUCCAUUCGAUCAAUUCAACGGGACAAAAUCAAUCAGAUCAAUUGAUCAAUGGUCCAGUUGUCCAACCGUUGAAACUAUCACAUAUGGAGAAAUUUCUUAAACGGAUUGUUAAGAAAAGAGAAACAGAGUUUGUCAGUUUGUUGAAGGCGCGCGAAGGAACUGAAGAUUCCAGCGGCUCACCGGAAACUAGACAUCAUUAUGCCUACUAUAAUGAUAGGUAA